GUUGGGUGUAUAAAAGCGCCGGCCGGCCUGUGAUUCGCCACAGUCUAGCUUUGACGAUACGAAGAUGAUCGGUGGAACUUGGUUGCUGCUCUUGGUGGCCCAACUGCUGUUGGCUUUUGGCCAGGCAGAGGAGCCCAUAUAUCGCUUGUGCGUGCCGAAGAUCUAUCUGAAAGAAUGCCAGCAGCUGCUGUCCGAUCCCUCGGAGGCGGGCAUACGCAUGGAGUGCGUCGCCGGGCGGGAUCGGGUGGACUGCUUGGAGCUGAUUGAGCAGCGGAAGGCAGAUGUGCUGGCCACGGAGCCGGAGGACAUGUACAUGGCCUACCAUCGCAAGAACGAGGACUAUCGCGUGGUCUCCGAGAUACGCACGCAGCAGGACAAGGACGCUGAUUUCCGCUACGAGGGCGUUAUCCUGCUGAAGAAGUCAUCGCCCAUUAAGACACUCCAGCAGCUGCGUGGCGCCAAGUCCUGCCACACGGGCUUUGGCCGCAAUGUUGGCUACAAGAUUCCCAUCACAAAACUGAAGAACAAUCAUGUGCUGAAGGUCUCCGCGGAUCCGCAGAUCUCUGCCACCGAACGUGAGCUCAAAUCGCUGUCCGAGUUCUUCUCGCAGUCCUGCCUCGUGGGCGACUACUCAGCCCAUCCGGAAACGGAUCGCCUCCUCAAGAAGAAGUACUCCAACCUGUGCGCUCUGUGCGAGAAGCCGGCCCAGUGCAAUUAUCCGGACAAGUAUAGCGGCUAUGACGGUGCCAUUCGCUGCCUGGACAAGGGCCAGGGCGAGGUGGCCUUCACCAAGGUGCAGUACAUCAAGAAAUAUUUCGGCUUGCCUGGCGCAGCGCCCGACUCGCCGCCUGCCGAGGGCAAUGCCGAGGAUUUCGAGUAUCUGUGCGAGGAUGGCAGCCGUCGUGCCAUCACGGGACCCGCCUGCUCCUGGGCCCAGCGACCGUGGAGCGGCUACAUCUCCAAUGAGCACGCUGUCCACGGCACGGAGCAGCUGCACCAGCUGCAGGCCCGCCUGGAGCGCUUCUUCGCCAACGGGCUGCACGCGCAGAACAAAGAGGCCGCCGCCCAUCUGCUCAUCCAGCCGAAUGCCGUGUACCACAGCAAGCCGGAGGCCAUCGAUCCCAAGGUCUAUUUGGAGCGGGCCGGCUACAAGGAUGUCAUCGAGCGCGACGGCAGUGCCAUCCGCAAGAUCCGUCUGUGCGUGCAGCAGGAGGCUGAGUUUUCCAAGUGCGAGGCCCUCCACCGGGCAGCCUAUGCCCGCGAUGCCCGACCCGAGCUGGAGUGUGUCCAGGCCACGGACUGCGUCGACGCAUUGGGCAAGGAUCAGGCUGAUCUGGUGAUCUUGCCCGCCUCCGGCUAUGCCGAUGCCCGCCAGCACAAGCUGCAGCCCAUUGUGUACGAGCAGCUCGCCGACCAAGACAUUCUCGUGGCCGUGGCCCCGCCCACCCUCAAUCGAGAGGCACUCCAGAAGGCAGCCAUCAAUUACGAUGCUGAGAACGAGCGGGCUCGCCUUUCGGCCGCUUUUCUCAACAAGCGACGCGGACAGGACGGCUGCCACAUCUCCCCCAGCUCCGAGCAGGAGCUGCUCAUCGUUCCGGCCUCAAAGCUGGAGGAGCACAAGGACUGGCAAUUGGUCUGCCCCGGACUGACGCGCAGCCCAGUGACCGACUAUCGUGCGUGCAACGUGGAGGUGCAGCUGCCGCGCGCCAUCUUCGUGCGCUCCGACAGCAGCUCCGUGGAGCAGGAGACGGUCAAGCAUCUGUUCGCCCUCAUCUCGGACAAGUUCGGGGCCAGAGGCAAGCUCGUUGAUGUCUUCGCCUUGUUCGGGGAGUUCCAGCAGGGCCACAAGGACGUUCUCUUCGAUGACAAUGCCGUGGAGCUGUCCACGCAGCUGAAGAAUGACGUUCAGGACGAACAGAUCUACAGCGACCUUCAGUGUGAGGGCAACAAGAUUGUCAAGCAGUGAUUUACAUUCUCCUGGAGCGCUGCUUAUUCUCCUAAGCAUUCUCCCCCCUAAGCAUAAAUAAAAAACCUUUUUUUCGCAUAUAUAGCAAA